UUCUACAUGACUGUGUGUAUGAUUUUCAUUACCAUCAUCAACUGGUACACUAAAUGUUUGGACAGGAAAACAGGGCUGAAUUUCGACCCAAAAACGGCACAACAAAUAACUGGCAAUGACGCACCUUUUGAAACCCUAUCAUGUGUUGUAAUUCUGGUCCUUCAGCAUAAGUUGUCAGAAAGUCAAAAGUUGCCUUGCUGUUAAGAAGUUGCAACUGUCGAACGUAAAAUGUUGGGAAUGGCGGCACUGUUAUACUUACUCACUGCUGUGGCUGGCGUGUGUCUGUACCUGUACUUUGUUCAUCCUGUUGUCUUCAUACAUUUCUACUUCAAAAUCUCGGUUAUAUUGAGUGGAAUGAAACUGAACUACACGGAGAUUGAUGGUCUGAUGAUUUGUUACGGAGAGAAAGGCAAAAGACGAAAGAACCAACCCAGUAUGAUCCUCAUACAUGGCUUUACAGCAUGUAAAUUUAUGUGGGCACCGUUGGUGAAGAAUCUGUCACAUGACUGCCAUGUGAUUGCAGUUGACCUUCCUGGUCAUGGUGACAGUGACACACCCUCAGAAGAUGAAGAUUUAUCCCAUACAGAGACUGUGCAAAAAAUGAGAAAGUUAUUGCGAAAAUUGAACUUUGAUGCCACCCCUUUCCAUCUGGUUGGUAUGUCAAUGGGCGGUGCCCUGGCCGGACUGUACGCUGCCGAGUAUCCAGAACAAAUACAUUCCCUUACACUCAUCUGUCCUGCUAUGAAGACACCAGUAGAGAGCCCGUUAUGGGAGCAGAUUAACCAUGCAUUAGAAAACAAAGUCGAGGAAAUACACACAGCGUGUACAUUGUUAUUUCCAACAACAGCCUCUCAAGUACAACAUAUGUUGAAUUCAGUACAAUACCACAAUGGUUGGGUACCCACACAGAUUCUACAUGGCGUAGCAGAGUUUAGAAAGAAGUAUUACCCAUUUUAUGCUAGAUUGUUCAACUUGUUAACAGAGCCAGAUAACCAUAACUUACUGAGAGAUUGUGCUCACAGAAUAAGUGCUCCAACACAGAUUAUAUGGGGUGAACAAGAUCAGGUGAUAGAUUCUUCUGGUGUUCAGGUGCUACAAAAUGAGCUGCCAAACUGUGUUCAGGUUGAUCUGAUUCCCCGCUGUGGACAUUCUAUGACAACAGAUAGGCCAGGAGCCAUGACUAAAGCAAUUCUCACAUUUAAACAGAAAUUACAGAACACCAGAUGAUAUGUUAGAGCAAAAUGUGAUACAGACAAAGCCAUGUGAUUAGUGGUUCAGAUCUCAGAGUUGUUAUUUUUGUUCACUAUAUAACUUGGCCAGUAGACUUUUCAUACUUGUGCAAUGUAUUUUAAUCUGUAAACAUGGAUGUUAAUUCAUUAAUAGAGGAAAGAUAGUAUUGUAACAAAAGCGUUUUUAAUAAUAAUUUUAUAAAUACGGUCCAUCUGUAUUAACUCCAAAAUUUUUACUUCUGUUUAGUCUGGUUCAGUGCACAAACUAGAAAAUCAGUUUUUCUCAUGUGCAAUUUUAACUCCCAAUUUUUACUACUGUUUAGAAAGAUUAGUGCUCAAACUAGAAAAGCAGUUUUCAUCAUGUACAAUUCUAAUGAAUGCAGGGGACCAGUCUAACCUACAUGGGUCCCUGAUGGUGAUUGGUGAGUUAAUCGAGUUGGAGCGGUGAAAGACACACAAACAGUGUUCGAAAUUCGCGGUAGUCCGACAGCCCGUGGCUACUAAAUGUCAGCUCGGGCUACCGAUUUUCCGCAGGUACAAGCCCGACCAGGCUACCGAAUUUUCCUAAUUUGUUUAAAAAUCAUGUUAAUUAAACGAGUACUGCAUCCAGACUGAGAAACGCUUCUGGAAUUAUUGUUGGUUUUGCACUUUCACAUGUUGACAAUCAAACACAGUGUCAGAGACGUAACCACAGCGCUAUAAUUGGCUGAAUACAAUCACCUCUAGCGUAACAGAUAAUUUGAUUAGCUUUCAUACUUCUCGCGAAAAACUCACAAGUACCUGCAGUAGGCGGAGCUUAAAUUAUGCUAUCAGCGUGUUUGUAAAUGUGUAUUCAGCACUCGUUAUUACAUCUUGCAAAUUGUCAACAGUCCGAGUUGCAGUAAUUGGCAAGUGCAAAUCCUAAAAAUGGGGCGUAACGGUUUGGAUUUUGUUUUGGCAAGGAGUGUCAUGUCCGAUGCUUUUGGACUCUGACGAUGCUGAUCUGGACUGGAGUAUUUAGAGUUAAAAUUUUUUCAAAAACAUGGCAAACAUGUACUGUAUGUCUUUUUAUUACUUCAAACAUGAGGACAGAGAUGUCUGUAAAACAAAAUAUUAUGUGGUGCAAAAAUUAUGUAUUUUAAGGUAUAAAAGUUCGGGCUAGUGAAAUUGGUGUCGGGCUUGGAAAAUUUCCAAUCUGGUAGCCCGAACAGGGUAGUGGAUUCAAAUCUGAAUUUCGUACACUGCACAAACAGCUUUUAACUGUUUUUUGUGAGAUGUUGUAUUUGACGAAGCCUUCGCAAUAUUUAGCUAUUACUAGCUUAGAUACAAUAUUGCUGAAACUUGAAGCUUAAAAUUUUUUUCUUUUUGCAAAUUUAAAGCAGAACAAAUUAUCUGUAGACAAAAAGAAACAGAAAUUAAUAGUUUACAGGUUUAAAAAUAUUGUAAAUGUUUUUUCCCAGACUCAGUGGUAUGCAGUGAUCAAUGUUUUUAAAAUUGCAAAAUAAAUUCUUGUCAGUUGAGGUUGUAAUAGAAUAUUUUUAUGCCCCCGAAGGUGGGCAUAUUAAAAUUACACUGUCCGUGCGUGCGUGCGUGAGUGAGUGCUUCCGGUAAAUUCUCGUCCGGGCUGUAACUCUUCCAUCCAUAAAGGGAUUUUGAAAUAACUUGGCAUAAAUGUUCACCAUAAUAAGGCGAUGUGUCAUGUGCAAGACCCAGACCCCUAGCUCCAAGGUCAAGGUCACAGAGGUCAAAGGUUAACAUGGUCUGUUUCGUGUCUGGUCCAUAACAAUGCCAUCCAUGAAGGGAUUUUGAAACAAGUUGGCAUAAAUGUUUACCAUAAUGAGACGAUGUGUCAUGCGCAAGACCCAGACCCCUAGCUCCAAGGUCAAGGUCACACUUUCAAGUCAAAUGUUAACAGGGUAUGUUUCGUGUCCGGUCCAUAACUCUGCCAUUAAGGGAUUUUGAAAUUACUUGGCAUAAAUGUUCCUCAUAAUGAGACGACGUGUCAUGAGCAAGACCCAGACCACUAGCUCCAAGGUCAAGGUCACAGAGGUCAAAGGUUAACAUGGUCUGUUUCUUGUCCGGUCCAUAACUCUGCCAUUGAUGAAGGGAUUUUGAAAUUACUUGGCAUAAAUGUUCCCUAUAAUGAGAUGAGGUGUCAUAUGCAAGACCCAGAACCCUAGCUCCAAGGUCAAGGUCACACUUAGAAGUCAAAGCUCUUUCUUGUCUGGUCCAUAACUCUGCCAUUUAUCAAGGGAUUUGAAAAUAAUUUGGCACAAAUGUUAACCAUAUUGAGGUGUGUCACACUUAUGACCUAGGCCUCCUAGGUCAAGGUCACAAAAUGAUAUGUGAUUUUUUGCGUAUACAACUGUGACAUUCUUGGGCCUACUUCGGGGGCAUUUGUCACCAAUAGUGACAGCUCUUGUUUUAAAUAUAUUUGUUGACUUAAGUUUCAGGGUAUAUGUUGUUUCGGCGGAAAUUUUCAAAUCGUACAUUUGUGUAAGCUUUCAUAUUUUACUUUUCAAGUUCUUUUGCAAGUUGAUUUUAAUUUAGUAUCUCUUUGAAUAGUGGUGUAAAAUGUCUGUGACAAAUAUUCAGAUUUCAGUACUAUUAUUUAUAGAAAGUUUUUAACAUAAAGUGGUAAGGGAAUAGGACAUACUUAGAUAAUUGUUUGUUGUUGUCGUUGUUUUUUUUUUCCCCAAUAUAUUUUGUGCCAAUUGCUAGGCAGUCUACCUCUUGAUUUAAAGCUGCAAUAUAUGGAAAAAGGUUCUGAUUAUUUUUUAUCUGUAUAUAAAGAUUUGAAUAGGUACAAAUGUACUCUCUAGUUGUUUUGUUUGUGAUUCUUACUUUGACAUUUUUAUUACAAUGUUUAAGGAUUAUACAGUCAGGAAAGGUUGCGAUUCACAUUUUGUGUCUAUUUUUACAUACGUAAAAAUGACUUUUGUAUUUGCAUUUGUUUGAGUAUGCAAGAAGAACUAAUAUGAGCCAUGCCAUGAGAAAACCAAAUAGUAGGUUUGCGACCAGCAAGGAUCCAGACCAGCCUGCGCAUCCGCGCAGUCUGGUCAGGAUCCAUGCUGUUCGCUUUCAAAGCCUAUUGGAAUUAGAGAAACUGUUAGCGAACAGCAUGGAUCCUGACCAGACUGCGCGGAUGCGCAGGCUGGUCUGGAUCCAUGCUGGUCGCAUACCCACUAUGUUGGUUUUCCCAUGGCACGGCUCAUAUUAUUUUGUAAUUUAAAUGGUUGCAUUUCAAAGCAGUUAGAGUCAUAAUUGAAGCAUACUCUUUUUUUACUUUUGUAAGAUUUUGAUUUGAAUAUCGAAGGUGUUAUAAAUUUCAUGUAUUUGAAAAACUUGCGGUGUAUAUUUUAUUCUUUUUAUUACUCAUUUAUUUUUUAAUGCUAGUGAAGUUUUUAAUUAAGGUUCUUACUGAAAUUCUUGCUAUUUAUUAGAUGUCAUACUGUGAAUUAUUUUGUGGGCAUAAAACAGCGAUUUCAACAUUUAACAGAACAUGAGUGGGAAUUUUUUCUGUUAUGAUUAAGAGUUUUAGAUUGAUUAAACCAAGAAAUCUACCAAAAUUAUUCCCCCACACAAACAUAAAUUAUUUCACGGCAUUGAUUGAGGUAACUAUAACUUACUGUAAUGGAUUCACAAACUAAAAUGAAGUGUAGAUGACAAACAACAAAGUCUGUCCAUGAAAAAAAAAAAUUAGCGUUUCACAAAGAGUAUUUAUUGCAGUUCUAAAAUGUAUUUACAGUACAUGAAUGUCUAAACUGCUUAAGACUUUUUUUUAUUACCAUGUUUGUGCAAUUUAGAGAUUGCAUCUAUACUCUAAAUCAUUGUGAAAGUAAUUUUUCAAAGGUGGAGAGUUACAUAAUGGGAAAAGCUGUGGCUAUUUUGUUCACUUUUUAUCAGUAUUAAAUUAUUGUUAUACUUUGAUAUUUCUAUUGUUACUGCUUGCUAAUUUGUAUUUUUAUUAAAAACCGGUAAUAUGUAUUGUGAUUAUAAAUUUCACAUUUUAAGAUGACAAGGAUGUUAUAAUUUUACUUUUGUCAUUUAUUAUAUAAUCUUUUUUAAAUCAUAUGUUAGUACUUCUGGUGUUUCAUUGAAAUUUUAUUAAAAAAAUAUGCUCAGACUGACAUUGUAUAAUUAUAGUGUGUUAGCAGUGGUAAGCAUACAAAUUGUCAUUCAUAAACUCAGUGAACAUCCGUUUUAAAUAUCUGAAUUUGAAUGUAGAUGUUAUAACUUUUAGUUGUUAUUGUCAAUAUAAGAAUUAACACAGAGCUAAAUAUGUACAAAGUUACUUUUUUUGUGAAAUUAACAAGCUGGAAUUAUAAAACAACAACAACAAAUGGCUGUUACUAUGACAUUUAAUUGUGACUGCAGCUCUACAUGUUUAGUGAGAUGAUAUAUUUAGUCAAGUUGAUCAAAUAUUUCUAAAUGUAAAACAAUAUCUUACAAUAAAAUAUUUUAGUGAAAAAUGAGCAUAGCAUAUCUUUAAAAACAAGUCAGUAAUUAUGCUUUUGAAGAUAAUCAACAUUCAGUAUAUGUUUUAAAGUAACUUGAGCUUCAUUUUGUGUUUUCUAUAUGUAAAAUAAUUAUGAUAUUUAUAGAUUGAAGGUAGUGGACCUGUUAUUGCAAUUGGCAAUUUACUUGUGAUUACUUAUCCUCCAUAUGUAAUUUCAGAUUCCUCCAGGGUCUUAACCCUUACCCUGCUAAAUUUCUAUAAUGAACUUGGCCAUCUUUCAAUUUGGACAGUACCAUUAACUGAUGAAAGGGGUGCUUACUGACUGAAUGACGAACAGUGCAGAUCAUGAUCAGACUGCAAAGACGUGCAGGCCAAUCAUGAUCUACACUGGUCGCAAAGGCAGACUCAAUCGUGUCCAGCAUGAAAGGGGUCGUAACAGAAAAUUAUUUUUUCUAACAACUGGGGAAUGCCAAAAUAGCAUAAAGAGAAUACAUAAAUAAGUGGGAAGUGAUGUUUGUCUUGAAGGGUUAGUUACCUGUAGUUGCUCUUUAACAUUGUAACUGUCUGAAAGGUUUUGUUCAAAUAUGAUCAGGUAUAAUUGUUAUAAUAUUACUAAUUUAGAAAUCUUAAAAUUGUUAUUCUAAGAUUUUAGAACAUUGGUUUUAUAUUUUUAUAAAAAAAAAAAAAAAACAAAUUUGUCUCCUUUUAGAAGUCACUUAGCAAUAGAGAUUAUAACUAGGCAUUAUGUUUUAGUUUUAUUCUGUUUUUGUACAUAUUCUUUCUUAAUUUCAUUAAAAACAAUCUUGCCAUGCUACUCUAUAAAAAAAAAAGCCUGUAUCAAAGGAUAUUAUCAGUCAAAUCUAUAAAUUAAAUGAUCGUGCAGAUUUUGCUAGCAAAGUUUCAUUUUACUGAAUGUUUAUUUUGGGGGUUUAUCCAUUAUAAGCAUAGGUGUUCUUUUUGGAAGCGUAGAACACAACUAGGCAGACUGCUAGCAGGCUUGUCUUGAUUGUUCAGUGAGAGGUUAUGAAAUGUUCAACAUCACCAUGCUGCCCACCCGCUUAGCUCAAUAGGAAGAACGCAGAUCUAAGGAUCGCGGGGUCAUUAAUUCGAUCCCCGAGCUGGUCGUAUGUUCUCUGUGACGAUUUGUUAAAAGACAUUGUGUCUGAAAUCAUUCGUUCUCCACCUCUGAUUCAUGUGGGGAUGUUGGCAUUACUGGUAUAGAAUCCAGGAACACUGGUUAGGUUAGCUGCCAUCUGUUGCAUAACUGAAAUACUGUUAAAAAGUGGCAUUAAACCCAAAACAAACAAACAUCACCAUGCCCUUUAGUACAGGCUUAAGUGGAACUUUACUAUACAGUAAAACUGCAUGGACCUCAUGAUCCCAAAGGACCAGAAUUGUACCCACUUAGAGUUCAAGUAUGGGACAACUCAAAUUAAUAUCUAAUUCUAACACGAUCCGAUUCAUUUUCCUAUUAAACAAAGAAGGAAGAAAGCAGUGAAUUAUCAUACAACAAAUCACGGUUCUGACGUCACAAUUAUUACGUCAUGGCGUCAAGCGGCAUAGCGGCGCGCUGGAAAAGAAACCGAUUGAAAACGGGCAAAUAUUUAAUGCAUGUCAUCAAGGAUGUACUUUAAAAUCCUUUAUAACGUGUUAGAAUCGAAAUAAUAUAUCUCAUUUAGUGAUUUGCUCUUGAAUAAAUCAUUGCUUGUCGUUCAGAUGCGUAUUAUUAUAUCACUCGGGCUACACCCUCGUGAUAUAAUUCCUUCGCAUCUGAACUCCAAGCAAUGAUUUAUUCAACGACAAAUCACUGGAUGAGAUAUAUUAUUUCUUAAUUAAUGCAUUGAUGAACUGUAAUUAUCAUUUAGCAGAAUAUUUUUCAGAAUGAUUACCUUUUUGCUAGUGAAUCAUUUCACAUAUUUUAUGUUAUAGCAUUUAAUAAAAGUAUGCUGAAAAUAUAUGAUAUGGUUCACCUUUAUCAAACUGAUGAAAAAAAAAUGCCAUGGAAAAGGGCAUAAGUAUGGUGUUAUCAUACACCAACAAUCUUUUUUUUAUUGUCACGUUUUGUUCAUAUUAUUGUUUUUUUGUUGUGUUAUAGAUUGAAAGAAAUACGUUUGUAUGAAAAUGAUGAAAAUAAUAAAAAUAUUUGAAAUAUUA